UAGAGAGAGGGAUAGGAGAGAGAGAGAGACAAAGACAGAGACCUGGUAGAGACCCAGAAGAUGGUCGAAGAGAAAGUGCUCUGAGAUCAUCCUGAAGGGGCAGUAAUAGAAAAAGUUUCUUCAUAUUUUUUAUGUCCUUUCUUUUUUCUUUGCUGCCUUUCGUCUCCCAAUUUUUGCCCUUACCCCACCCACCUUCGUUUCUUAUUCCUUAACAAACAGAAUUUCACAGCACAUUGUUUUUGUUGGGUGUAAUUUACGUUUAUAAUUUUGAUUUUUGAGGACCCUCUGUAAUUUUUUUCUUUUACAUCACAAACAAACAGCAUCCCUGAAAAGGACAGAUUCUUCAGCACAUUUUCUCCCCCAUUCUUCACGGGAUUCUGUGAUAGGCUUGUUGAGCUGGAUAAUGAGGUUCUUGCCGGAAAGGGGGUUUUGAAACCAAUUUAGAAUCAAAGAUGAGGGACCCUUAUACGGUUGCUGGUCGCGGCAGCCCCAGUGAACUCAAAUGCGAUUGUAACAUAGGUUUUUUCUUAGUAUAGCCAAUCCAAUUGAUCUUUUCUGUCUCCGGUUUCGAGUGUAUUCAACGGGGUAGUUUGUAUAGAAAAACCUGGCGAUUUUGUGUAGAGUCUGUUGCAUAGCUCUGCGGCUAUUGACCUCUGCUGCAUUGUGAUCACCAAGCAAUGGGGGAUGGAUGGAUUCCAAUAAGAUUUCGGUUCUCAAGUUUCAUAGCUUUCGUUGUCGUUUUCGGUAUUAAACUUUGUUUCUCUCUCAAUGAUGAAGGGUUGGCACUGUUGGCAUUCCGGGCUCAAGUAACUUCUGAUCCUCGUGGUGCUUUGAUUGAUUGGAAUCUGGAGGAGAACGAUCCCUGCCGAUGGUCUGGUGUUCAUUGUGUCGGCGGUGAAGUCCACAGGCUGGAUCUGAGUGGCCUUAUGUUGAAAGGGACACUGACGCCAGAACUUGGGAGACUCAGUCAUUUACGAUCGCUUAUUCUCUAUAAGAAUUGUUUCUUUGGCACCAUUCCUCGUGAGAUUGAAGGACUAACGCACUUGGAGCUGUUGGAUUUGAGGGAUAAUAACUUCAGUGGAACAAUUCCUGCAGAAAUAGGCAGGAUCACCAAUCUAAAAUGCUUGUUGCUCUGUGACAACGAAUUUGAAGGCAGUGUUCCGUCAGAGCUUCAGAAUCUCAGCUUUCUCUAUGAAUUACAGUUUGAUGAUAACCUUGUAUUUUUAUGGGAUGCUGAAGUUGGCUGUGUAUAUAGAAAGCUUGGACACUGCAUCUGGCAGAGAAAUCCCAGUUAUAUGAAAAGUUCAGACUCAUCUGCAAGUGAAAACAAUGCUUUCGUCCGAUACCCCAGUUCCUUGCCAAAUUCUCCGCUCAAGCUUGGAAAGGACUCUCUACGUGACCAUAAAGAAAACAACAAUGAUAAUCUACCUAGUUCUGUUCCACAUGAUGUGGAGGACAGUGUACAGAAACUUGUUGAUGCUCGGCGACGUAAGCUUCUUGAUGAAUCGAGCAACCUCGCAGCUGCACCUGUUAGCAGUACGUUGCCCAACUCAGAUUCGGUCAAUUCCGUUACAAGUGCGAGAAGUAGUGGUACUUUCCCAGCUGUACCAAAACCAAAACAGGAAACUCCUCCUCCUGCACCAGUCUCUUCUUUCCCUCCCCCUCAACCACAAAAUACUUCAUCCCAGUCGGAUGUGCUGCCAAUUCAUCAACCACAAGACAAUUCUUCUGGAAAUUUCUGGAAGUAUGCAAUCAUAAUUGGAGGUGUAUCCUUAUUACUCAUUUUGGCUGCAAUAAUUCUCUGCAUGUGCCGGAGCCGAGGAGUGACCACCAUUGGUCCUUGGAAGACUGGAUUGAGUGGGCAGUUGCAGAAAGCAUUCAUAACAGGGGCACCCAAAUUAAAUCGACCAGAAUUGGAAGUAGCCUGUGAGGAUUUCAGCAAUAUCAUUGACACAUUUGAUUGCAGCACUAUCUACAAAGGAACACUAUCAAGUGGAGUAGAAAUUGCUGUUGCAUCAGUCUCAGUUACUUCCUCUAAAGAUUGGUCAAAGAGUUCGGAGCAAACCUAUCGGAAAAAGAUUGAUACAUUAUCGCGGAUCAACCACAAGAAUUUUGUUAAUCUUCUUGGUUAUUGUGAGGAGGAAGAACCCUUCACUAGGAUGAUGGUGUUCGAGUACGCUCCGAAUGGAACCCUUUACGAGCACCUGCACGUUAAAGAAGUUGAACAUCUUGACUGGGGUGCAAGGAUGAGGAUAAUUAUGGGAACAGCAUAUUGCCUUCAGUAUAUGCAUCAUGAUCUAAAUCCCCCAGUGGCACAUACUAAUCUCACAUCAUCAACUAUUUAUUUAACCGAUGAUUAUGCUGCAAAGAUUGCAGAGAUCAUUUUCUUAUCAAAUGGGGUAUCAAAAUAUAAAAACGCAGGUGACCACGAUGCCGAGCAUUCUGAGUUGCCACCCCUCGCGGAUCCAGAAUCGAACGUGUACAGUUUCGGGGUAUUGUUGCUGGAAAUCAUCUCAGGAAAGCUGCCAUACUCGGAAGAUCAAGGGCCCCUUGUGAACUGGGCUGCAGAAUUUCUAAACGACAAGUGGAGUAUUAGCUACAUGAUCGAUCAGAGUCUGAAAUCAUUCAAAAACAACGAGCUGGACGUGAUCUGCGAGGUGAUCCAAGAUUGCAUCAAACCAGAUCCAAGGAUGAGACCAAGCAUGAAAGAUGUCACUGCAAAACUAAGGGAAGUGAUCGGUCUGUCACCGGACCAGUCGGUCCCGAGACUGUCUCCCCUAUGGUGGGCUGAACUGGAGAUCUUAUCUGUGGAGGCUACUUGAACAUCUUGCCUCCAUUGUUGCAAAGUAUAGUAUGCUUCUCCCUGUGUUAAUAUCUAAUAGCCUAUUUCAAACUCUGGGUCCUCCCCUGCUGUUUCAUUUGCUUUGCUCUCAGUCUCAACAACACUACACACCAUGGCAUUUGGAACCCCUUUCUUGUUUUUUCUUUUCUUUUUCUCUCUUUACUUUUUUUUUUCUUUCUUUCUUCUUCUUCUUCUUAACAUACAUACUCGGUUGUGUAAUCUUUUAUUUAUCAAAGUUUGGGAUGUAACAUUCUAAUACACAAGUACAAGUGCAUCUCAAAUGGAGUGGAAAUAAUACAUAAAUUUGUGAAAA